AUGGGAAAUCACUGUUCGAAAUUACCAUCUACAAAUGCAACAACACACGUAACAUCGGGAAGGAAAGGAUUAAGCUUAGAGAUUAAACAUGGUCCAUCUUCAUCGGUUAUACAACGUCAUUUGGAAACAGCACAAAAAAGUCGAGUUUUACAGCUAAGAAAUUGUGGCAUGAAAAUAUUACCUGAACAGUUGCAAGAAGUUUGUGAAAUUCUUCGAAAUUUGGAUGUUUCACAAAACAAAAUUCGAACCUUGCCAACAUUUAUUGGUUCAUUCAGUAAUCUAAAACAGCUUCAUCUUUCCAAUAAUGAACUGAAAAAUUUACCGGAUGAAAUGGGUGUUCUAAAGAAGCUGGAAGUUUUGGAUCUCUCAUGCAAUCAACUUAAUUCCCUUCCAGAAUCAUUAGCUGGUUUAUGUUCGUUAAAAACACUAAAUAUAUCAAAAAAUAAGUUUGUACACUUACCCGUGUGUGUGUGUCAUCUAUCGGAACUCAACAUACUUGACGCGUCGUCUAAUCUUAUUGAAUUUCUUCCCGAUGAGGUGAAAUUUUUGAAAACUUCGGAACUUAAUUUGAAUCAGAACAGAUUAAAUUCAUUGAAUGCAACAAAUCUGGUGCAUUGUGAAGCUUUAAGAACACUCAGAGUGGAAGAAAAUUGCCUAAAUAAAACAGAUUUCAUAAGUGAUUUCUUGAGUAAUUCUAAUGUUAGUCUGAUUGCAUAUGCAGGAAAUCUUUUCCAGGACAAAGAUUUCCAAAAUUUACCUGGUUAUGAGGAAUAUCAAAACAGAUACACAGCUACAAAAAGAAAAAUGUAA